UUUGUUUGUGAACUCUCAGCAAAAUGUCCUCAGCCGUAAUUGACCCGUUGGAAUUGCUUACCAACAAAGGGGACCGCAAACCAACGUUCCUUAGCACAAUUUUCAACCCAUUGGCCUGUACAGUGGCUGGAUUUGGUUUGGCAUGUAUGCUAAAUUGGGGCCUACGUAGACCAAUAUUUUCCGGUUUGCAGAAUCAUGUUGGUUUUGCUGUUCUUGGAGGAAUCGGUGGUACAUAUCUUGAUAAGAAGCGCACCGAAGACUUAGCUACCCGCGAUGCUGUCUUAAGACACUACGUCGAACUGCAUCCUGAGGAUUUCCCACCCGUCCAGAGGAAAAAGUUCGGCGAAGUUUUAGAACCUUGGGUGCCAAUUCGUUAGACGGUUUGA